AGUUUCACAUGGUUCCUCAUUCUUCACAAUAAUCUUAUAUAUGUUCAUGUGAUAACCAUAGUAGUGGGAGUGAAAGUGAAAAUGUACAAGUCGAGGCUGCAGGAGUUUUGUCACCGGAGAAAGUGGAGUUUGCCUGAAUACUCUUCCAUAUAUGUUGAUGGUCCACCACACAAUCCAAGUUUUAAGGGCUCUGUCUUUGUCAAUGGUUUAACCUUUACUUCUUCUGAUAUUUUUCAUUCCUCCAAAGAAGCUCACAACCAAGCUGCUAUGAAAGCUUUGCUCAACUUUUCUUAUCCUUCAUCAAAUACGGAUCGUUUGAAUAAACUUCAGCAUCAAAACUACGCAAGUAAGAACAAUCUUGAUUCACCUGUUUUUACAAUUGAAGCUGAGGGGCCACCUCGUGACAUUCGCUAUAAUGCUACAGUUGUUGUUGAUGGGAAAUCGUUUAAAAGCCCUACAUCUUUCGAUACUAGAAAAGAGGCAGAGCAGGCUGCUCUACAAAUUGUUGACAUGUUUCAGGCAAGAUCAGCCCUUUGUGUUCUACUUAUUCAGAAUGAAACUUGUGCAUCCAAGAGUUUACUUCAAGAAUUAACACAAAGAAGAUAUUGUUCCAUACCAACUUAUAAAUCUACACGGACUGGUCCUCCUCAUAUGCCAACUUUUUUCUCAACUGUUGAAGUAGAAGGCGUGGAAUUUCAUGGAAAGGCAUCUAGUUCCAAAAAAGAGGCAGAAUAUGAUGCUGCAAAGAUUGCUUACAAGGCCUUAAAAGAUGGUGGACUUCAUAUGUAUGCUGCUUUUUCUUCCUCUAUCAAAAAAAAUCAAGCAGAACAAUCAACUGAUGAAUCAGACAUUGUUAGAUCCAAACAGAAACUCAUCCUUGAAGAUGAACUUUUGGAUAAGGAGAUAUUACCUACUGAUAUCAAAGUUAACAAUGGCAUGCACAGUGAAUUUUUUCCAGUUCCAGCUAAUAAAAAAAUGAAGAUGAGUAACAGAGGCUCUUCCUCUUCUUCACCUAAAAAAUAUCCAUUUUCACGUAUUGAUGAUACGAGUCCAGGCCAAUCCUCUGGAUCCACUAGCGCUGAGUCAGGUCCAAGUCCACUCACUAAAUCUCAACGCAUCAAAAAGCCACCCAGCUGGCUAGAGGAUUAUAUGAAGAGUUAUGAGGAAUAAGGCUUUAGAAGAUUAAAAAUUGUUCCUUCAAUUAUGCUAGCUAUCUGUCCAUUUUACAUCCUUUCUAGAAUAGGAGUUUAAUUUGAUAGUAGUUUCCUGAUAUGUGGGAUCAUUGUACACUUGACAAUGAUUGACUUUGCUAUGUAAUUAA